GUUUGAGUCCCUUGGCGGGCGGAAGCCACCAGAACUUGAGGAUUGGGAAGACUCGGCUUCCCUGCGCUCUGUGUGCCGGUUCUCCGGCCUGCCCCGUCUCGCGCCAUCGGUCCCCGCGCCCCUCAGGAUCUUUUUGUCAUUUUGAAUUAACUUCCAGGUGUACUAUGAAAGAUUAUGAAGAACUUCUCAAAUACUAUGAAUUAUAUGAAACUAUUGGGACAGGUGGCUUUGCAAAGGUCAAACUUGCCUGUCAUAUCCUCACUGGAGAAAUGGUAGCUAUAAAAAUCAUGGAUAAAAGUGCACUAGGGAAUGACUUGCCCCGAGUCAAAACUGAGAUUGAUGCUUUGAAGAAUCUGAGACAUCAACAUAUAUGUCAACUCUAUCAUGUGCUGGAGACAGAAAACAAAAUAUUCAUGGUUCUUGAGUACUGCCCCGGAGGAGAGCUGUUUGACUAUAUAAUCUCCCAGGAUCGCCUGUCGGAAGAGGAGACCCGAGUCGUCUUCCGUCAGAUACUGUCUGCAGUUGCGUAUGUACACAGCCAGGGCUAUUCUCACAGGGACCUCAAACCAGAAAAUUUAUUGUUUGAUGAAUAUCAUAAAUUAAAGCUGAUUGACUUUGGUCUCUGUGCAAUACCCAUGGGUAACAAGGAUUAUCAACUACAGACGUGCUGCGGGAGUCUUGCUUAUGCAGCGCCUGAAUUAAUACAAGGCAGAUUGUAUCUUGGAUCAGAGGCUGAUGUUUGGAGCAUGGGCAUACUCUUGUAUGUGCUUAUGUGUGGAUUUCUACCAUUUGAUGAUGAUAAUGUCAUGGCUUUGUACAAGAAGAUUAUGAGAGGGAAAUACGACGUUCCUAAGUGGCUCUCUCCCAGUAGCAUUCUGCUUCUUCAACAGAUGCUCCAGGUGGACCCAAAGAAACGGAUUUCUAUGAAAAAUCUCUUGAGCCAUCCCUGGAUCAUGCACGAUUACAACUGUCCUGUUGAGUGGCAAAGCAAGACUCCUUUUCUUCACCUUGAUGAUGAUUGUGUCAUAGAGCUUUCUGUGUAUCACCGUAACAACAGGCAAACAAUGGAGGACUUAAUUUCUUCGUGGCAGUAUGACCACCUCACGGCUACCUAUCUUCUGCUGCUGGCCAAGAAGGCUCGGGGAAAACCGGUGCGCUUACAGCCCCCACCUUUCUGCUGUGGACCCACCAGUGCCACCCCAAAGUCAAAGAAUCUGAGUCUGGAAGACAUGACAGCAAGUGAUGAUAACUGUGUGGCUGGAUUAAUAGACUACCAGUUGUGUGAAGACAAUUUAUUAACUCCCCAAACACCACAGUUUACGAAACAUUGGACAGAAUCAAAUGAUGUAGAGUCUAAAUCAUUAACUCCAUUAGUAUGCAGAGCAAAUAAAUUAAAGGACAAAGAGAAUGUAUGCACUCCCAAGUCUGCUGUGAAGAAAGAAGAGCACUUCGUAUUUCCUGAGCCAAAGACUCCAGUUAGUAAGAACCAGUACAGAAGAGAAAUACUCACUACCCCAGAUCAUUACUCUACACCCACAAAAGCUAGAAAGCAGUGCCUGAAAGAAACUCCAGGUAAAACUCCAGUGAAUUCAGCAGGAACAGACAAGUUAAUGACAAAUGUCAUUAGCCCUGAGAGGCGGUGCCGCUCGGUGGAAGUAGACCUCAACCAGGCACACAUGGAGGGCACUCCUAAAAGAAAAGGAACCAAAGUGUUUGGAAGUCUUGAGAGAGGAUUGGAUAAGGUCAUCACUGUGCUUACCAGGAGCAAAAGGAAGGGCUCUGCCAAAGAUGGGCCAAGAAGGCUAAAGCCGCAUUACAACGUGACCACAACCAGAUUAGUGAAUCCUGACCAACUCUUGAAUGAGCUAAUGUCUAUUCUUCCAAAGAAGCAAGUUGACUUUGUACAGAAGGGUUACACAUUGAAGUGUCAAACGCAGUCUGAUUUUGGCAAAGUGACAAUGCAGUUUGAACUAGAAGUGUGCCAGCUGCAGAGACCUGAUGUGGUGGGCAUCCGGAGGCAGCGGCUUAAGGGUGAUGCCUGGGUUUACAAGAGAUUAGUCGAAGAUAUCCUGUCUAGCUGCAAGAUGUAAUUGGUGGAUGGUUUCCAUCCUGCCUGGAAGAAUGCGGGUAUCAUAUGGCCUAUGAGGAUUGGUGUGAUUGGUUUGAUUUUUCAAGUCCAUUGGAACUACAAA